AUGUAUCGCUUUCUACUGUCUUCGUCGCUACUCGUAGGAUGUGUAUGGGCAGGAGCUGUGGACUUGAACUGUACGAUAUAUGAAGGUGGUGCCCUCAAGUUCGCUCCAUCGGCAACAAACUGUCAAGACAAACUGUCAAAUGCGAAUUGUGCCGCUCUAUACGGUGCGGCAGCGGUUGCAGGCCAGCCCGUAAAUCGAGAUGUAAAAUGCGGAGGAGACGCAGCGAUACGUCUGUUGAUCUGUGUCCAAAGUAUUGUGGAUAUUGCUGCCUCACUCCUGCGUUUUUAUGUCAUGACAAACUGCAGCCGCGAAUACCGUGCUCGUCAGUUACGCAGGCAAUGUGCGAAAGUAUUGCCUGGAAGACCAUUCUUCAAGAGGACUGCCCAAAAAGCCUGCGGCUUCUGCGAUGCAGCACCUGGUUGCAACUUGGAUGGUGGUAUCAUUUGCCAGAGCAAGAAUCUGGAAACCUUUGCACGGCAAUAUUGCAAGAAGACAUGCGGAUACUGUCAAGACGCGACCGUAGCACCAGGAACUGGAUGUGGAUCGGAUCCGAAUUGUGCUAGUUGGGUGCGAAAUGGAUUCUGCAACAGCUCAUUCUAUUCACAAGCAUACAAAAUGCAGUACUGCGGACGCGCUUGCGGGUUGUGUUGA